AUGGCCAAUUCUUUUAUCGUUACUUUAAAGAAGUCUGUACCAGAGAGAGAGGUCAAGGAAUUUAUCGAUUCUGUGAACGGAGUUGGUGGCCAAAUAGUCCAUGAGUUCUCCUUGAUCAAAGGUUACACCAUCAAGAUGCCAGAGAAGGUCUCCCUAUCAAGCUUCAAAGAUAAGCACAACAACGUCAUCGAGUCUGUUGAGGAAGACAAGGAGGUUAAAAUUGCCAAAUAA